UUUUAGGUUAGAUUCUCAAUUCGGCAUAUUUUUUAAUAUAAAGAUAGCAAGUAUUAUAAUUUAUUUAAUUAUUUACAAAGGUUAUAGUAUAAAAAGAAACAUGCCCACUGUUGGCGUUAAACGUGAUUUAUUAUUCCAAUGUUUAGGAAAAACAUAUACCGACGAGGAGUUUCAGAAAUUAUGCUUCGAAUUCGGUUUAGAGCUAGACGAAGUGACCACCGAAAAGCAAAUGAUAGUAAAAGAACAAGGAGAGGACUCGCAGUUGUCUUCAGGGGCGUCAGAGGAUGUAAUUUACCGAAUUGAUAUACCAGCAAACCGUUACGAUUUGUUGUGCCUUGAAGGCUUAGUAUUAGGUCUACUAAUAUUUCAAGGAAGAGUUCCUCAUCCCGUUUUUAAAGCUGUCAAGCCAUCCGAGGGAGACCUACAGAAACUUAUUAUAAAACCCGAUACCGCGAAAAUUCGUCCUUUCGCUGUAGCCGCUAUUUUACGAAACUUACACUUCAAUCCGGACACUUAUAAUAGUUUCAUAGAUUUACAGGACAAAUUACAUCAGAAUAUUUGCCGGAAACGGUCGUUGGUUGCGAUAGGGACCCACGAUUAUGACACUAUCAAAGGUCCUUUCAUUUACGAUGCUAAACCGCCAAAAGAUAUAAAAUUCGUUCCUCUUAAUCAAGAUAAAGAGUACACUGCUGAAGAACUGAUGACAUUUUACUCGACACACGCUCAACUGAAGCAAUAUUUACAUAUUAUUAAAGACAGUCCCGUUUAUCCCGUCAUAACGGACAGCAAUGGGGUGGUCCUUUCUUUACCUCCUAUUAUCAACGGCAAUCACAGCCGUAUAACUCUCAAUACCACAAAUGUGUUUAUAGAAUGCACCGCGACUGAUUUGACAAAGGCUAAAAUAGUACUUGAUACGUUGGUUUGUACGUUCAGUCAGUAUUGUUCCAACAGAUACACGGUGGAGUACUGCGAAGUCAUUAAUCCGAGUGGCACUUCGGUUUUGUACCCCGAAUUACAAUACAGAACGGAAAUCGUUUCCGUCAGGAAAGUAAAUAGAAAAAUUGGAAUAAAUGAAUCGCCGGAAGGCGUGGCUGAGCUCUUAACGAAAAUGUGCCUUAAGUCGGAGAUCACGUCUAACGGAGACGAUAUAAAAGUUACCAUUCCGCCAACGAGACACGACGUCAUCCACCCUUGCGAUAUAUACGAAGAUGUCGCUAUCGCUUACGGUUAUAACAACAUCAGACGGACGCUACCCAAAACGAACACCAUCGGUCAGCAGUUCCCCGUUAACAAAUUGUCCGAUUUGCUUAGAAGCCCCAUCGCCGAGGCUGGAUUUACGGAAGCCUUGACGUUCACCUUAUGUUCCAAAGACGACGUUUCUAUGAAAUUACGUAUCGAGUCUAUCGACGAAGUUCCCGCCGUUCACAUUUCAAACCCGAAAAAUUUGGAAUUCCAAGUGUGCCGUACCACUUUGCUGCCGGGAAUAUUGAAGACGAUCGCGGCCAACAAAAAAAUGCCACUGCCGAUGAAGAUAUUCGAAGUCUCCGAUGUCGUCCUGAAAGACGCGGAAGCAGAAGUGGGAGCGAGGAAUGAGAGGCGAAUUUGCGCGGUAAACUGCAACAGAAAUGCUGGGUUCGAGAUAGUGCACGGCCUUCUUGAUAAAAUUAUGCUUUUGUUUGAGGUACCGUGGUCUCCUACCAAAAAUUCUGUCGGUUAUUAUCUAAAAGCGGCAAACGAUCCAACGUAUUUCCCUGGUAGGUGUGCAGAGAUAAUCUGCAACGGAAAACCUAUCGGGAAAAUUGGAGUUCUACACCCGGACGUUUUGUCGAAAUUUGAAUUAACCAAUCCUUGUUCGGCAAUGGAAAUUAACAUACAACCAUUCGUUUAGUCGUUGAAUAAAUUCCCAAGAACUGUUUUUUUCCAACAACAAUGAAUAAAUUAUAAUG